AUUGUAGGAAAAUUAAAUUUAACCGAUUUUUCUAUAUGCUAUAUGCGUCUAUAUUCUUUGUUUAUUUAUAGAAUAGUAUAGAAUUUAAUUUAGUAUAGUUGGUAUAGUCGUUUCGCUAUUGCUUCGUUUAUAGUAAAACAUAUUACCAAAAAAUAAGAAUAUAGACGUCUGAUAUUACUGAAACAUAUGAAAUUAUGUUUAAUCAAAUCAAAGUAAAACAAGAAGUUGAUGAGACGACUUGUAAAAGAGAAAUAGAUAAUGAAGUGGGUGAAGUUCUACAGGAUACCUUUAAAAUUGAAAUUAAAGAGGAACCUAAACGGGAAAGUGCAAAUGAUACAUUUGAUUAUUUAGAUGUUAAGAAAUAUCCUAUAAAAGCUGAAAUAAAAGAAGAUGAUGGUCUCUCGUGUAAAGAAAUAACAACUGAUGUCAGUACCUUUAUACCAGAUUAUGAUAGAAGUGACUGUAAUUUGAACCAAUGUAUAACUUCCACUAGCAAUGGAGGACAACGUUUUAUAUGUAUCAUUUGCAAGAAACAAUUAGCAAACAAUUAUAAUUUAAAAGUACAUAUGAGGUUACACACUGGAGAAAAACCUUUUGCGUGUGAAAUUUGCGCCAAACAGUUUUCAAUGAAGAAAAUUUUAAUGUCGCAUUUUACAGUGCAUACCAAUGAAAAACCAUUUGAAUGUGAAAUUUGCAACAAACAGUUUUCAACGAAAGGUAUUUUGAAAAUGCACAUGAGAGUGCAUACUGGUGAAAAAUCAUUUAAAUGUGAAAUAUGCACCAAACAAUUUUCAAGAAAGCAAAAUUUACAAUCACAUGUGACCGUGCAUACUAUCGAGAAACCAUUUGAAUGUCAAAUUUGCACCAAACGGUUUUCAACAAAGGAUAAUUUAAGAAAACAUUUGACCGUGCACAGUGAUGAAAAACCCUUUGAAUGUAAAAUUUGCACCAAACCGUUUUCAACGAAGAAACUUUUAAAAUCACAUAUGGGAGUGCAUAGUGUUGAAAAACCUUUCAAAUGCAAAGAAUGCGCCAAAACGUUUUCACACAAAUUGAGCUUAAAAUUUCACAUGAACUCGCACACUGGAGAGAGAUCCUUCAUAUGUAAAGUCUGCAACAAACAAUAUUCACGAAAUGAAUAUUUGAAAGAACAUAUGAGGGUGCAUACUGGUGAAAAACCAUUUGAAUGUGAAAUUUGCACCAAACAGUUUUUACUCAAGAACAGUUUAAAAAGACAUAUGAAAGUGCAUACUGGUGAACAACCACUUGAAUGAAAUUUGCACCAAACAGUUUUCAAUAAAGAAGCUUUUAAAAUUGCAUAUCGUGGACUUACUGCAAAAAUCUGUUAAGUCCAUGUUUCGUCUUUCAUUUUUCGGGUCAUUCCUUAAAGUAGGGAAUUUUACACUUCAAAGGAGUGGUAACGCGCUAUCUAGCCUUCAAGCGAAAGUGAAGCCGAUUUUAACCGGUCCGCCAUUCGUUUGGUGCUCAUUUUCGGAUUGACACAACUCGUUUUGUUAAUUAUUUUUGUGUGAUUUCUGAGUGAAAAGUAGCAUUUUUUUUAACUCUAAAAUGAUGAUGUGUUCGGCUUACGGUUGUAAAAGCAACAACAGAAAGAAUUUAAUGAAGCGAGAGUUACAUUUCACAGGUAAAUAAAUAUUUUUAUGAGUGCGUAGAUGAAAAUACACUAAAUACUCCUUUAUUCUUACAUAUUGCCUUUUAAGCAAUUAUUUAUUAAAAAAAACACUUACCUAAUUACAUAGCUAAAAUCACAUGAUUUAGUUAUAAACUUCGAAAAUUUCACAAGUAAACUUAAAAGUAACAUAAAAGAGCACCAUUUUACCAGUGGUGCAUGAUGAAAUUAAUUUAGAAUGGGAUUUAUAAUAUUUCAACUACGAAAAUGAAAUUAAUUACAUUUACUUUUAAUAUAGGUUUCCAACAGACACACCAAAAAGAAGUCUUUGAAUUGAAAAUAUCAAAAAUUAAAAACUUUAUACCCACUAAAAACCAUAGGAUUUGCUCGAACAUUUUGAAAAUAAUUUAUUUUAUGGAACUACGACAGGGAAAGUGAAAUUGUUACACCGAGCAGUACCAACUAUAUUUCUUGAUUUGCCAAAAUGAGGACUUCGAAAGGUAUUAUUCUAAAUCAUUUUCAUGUUGUUUAAAAAAUAACUUUACAUUGAGUCCAUUAGUGAUGUGCUUAGAGGUUAUUUUUAAAUAACCGUUAUAACCGUGGAAGUGAUUUUUGGAUAACUGUUAUUUUAAAUAGUUCAAAAAAAGGUAUUCAAGUCAAAGUCUAAGCAAGUAAUAUUUAUAUAAAGGUCCCAAUAUUGCCACCUCUAUGUAAAGAACUGGCAGGACGGAAAAUAGGCAAAAAAAUUAAAUAUUCUUCUGCAUUAAGACAAUUUGCGGUAACUUUAAAUUUUUUUUCUCCAAAGGGGUAUAAUUAUGUGAGAGAAAAAUUUCAAACUUGUCUUCCACAUCCUUCAACAAUAUCCAAAUGGUUCAGAAAUGUUAACGAAGAACCUGAGUUCACAAAAUAAUCUCUUGAAAUUAAAAAAAAUAUAUAAUGAGAAGUCACAAAGUCCUCAUUGCUAUCUCUUAUAAUGGACGAAAUGUCAAUAAGAAAAAAUGUAGAAUGGAACGGAGCAAAAUUUCGUGGGUAUGUAGAUGUUGGAAACGAUUUGCAAAAUGAUAACAAUGACAUAGCCAAAGAGGCUUUUGUUUUUAGGGCGAAUUGUGUACCCAAUUGGAAUUGGGUAUUUUUUAUAAACGGGUUAAAAAAAGCUAAUGUUGUUAAUCAAUUUAUGUAGUUGAUUGAAACAGAAACAGGGGCUCACGUAACAUCAUUAACAUUUGACGGGGCAACAGCAAAUGUUGCAAUGACGCAUAUUCUGGGAUGCGGCAGGAAAUAAAACCCUUUUUUUCAAUACAAAAUAAAAAAUAUUUGAUAUUUUAUGACCCUUGUCAUAUGCAUAAAUUAAUUAGGAACACUUUUGGAGAUAAACGUCAUACAAUAAUCGAUGCAGAUGGAAAUUCUAUAAAUUGGAAUUAUAUAGAAUAUCUUCAAGACUUACAAGAACACGGGGGUUUACAUUUGGCUAAUAAUCUUCGUAAAAAUCAUGUUAAUUUUUUUAGUCAAAAAAUGAAAGUGCGUCUAGCGGUUCAACUUUUAAGUGUAUCUGUUGCCGACUCUCUUAUUGUUUAAAUGAAUUAAAGUUAAAGGUAUUUUCCGGUUGUGAAGCUACUAUAACAUUUAUAUAAAUUACAAAUAUGUAAUGUUUUUGAUAUUUUAAACAGUCGUUAAGUAAGAGCAAAACACUUGAAGAAAGCAUUAUGUGAUAGCAAUAGAGAAAAAACAAAAAAGUUUGUACAAGAGGCUAUUACUUACUUCUCAAAUCUUAAAUUUGAUAAUGGACAGUUAGUAACCGAUUCGGGUGAAAAAAACUGGAUUUUUGGUAGUUCUCGUCUCAUUAAAAAGUGAUCUUGGGUUGUACGAGGACAUUGUCCAGAAAAAAAUUAUUACAUUACCUGUCUUUGUACAAAGUUAGUCAAUAUCAUGUUGAACUUUUUUUUCUAGUAUAAGAUCAAAAGGGAGAUGAAAUAAUAAUCCGACUGCCAGACAAUUCACUGCUGCUUAUAAAAGGUUGUUAGUGCGUAGUGAAAUUCGAUCUUAUAGGCUAGAAUAAGGCCCCCUGGGGCCCUAUUCUUGAAUCGAGAGAAAAUUUUACUCCCCACUAAGCUAACUCGCUUUUCUACUCCAUCAUAAUUUCUCUCGAUUUUAAAAAGCUGUAUUCUUGAAUAUGGGGAGUAGAAAGGAAUGAGAGAAACCAUGGCCUGAAAUCUUAUAUGAAUAACCUUGAACAUUUCCCCCAUCACUUUGACUCCAGUCGGUUAAUAAAGAGAGAUGACAGCCUAUCUCGCUCACGAAGACUUUAACCAAUCAUUUUAUUUUAACACCAUCUCUGAAUGCCACAAAUAAAAUAAUCAAACGAAGCUUAAUUCCGUCAAAAGUAAUGACAAGUUGAUGAUUGAUAUUUGUCAGAGAUAUGUAAGAGACUCUCUUACAUAUCUCUGAUAUUUGUACAUUUUCGACUUUCGUCUUCCACGUGUAUUGGCUUGUUUACAGUUUUUAUUUUUAAUUUAAUUAUCUUUAACUUUCGUUUGUAUUUAGUCUUAGUAAUUUAAGUUGGUUCCUUAGUUUUUAAAGUUUAGUUAGUUGAUACCUUAGUUUUCAUUUUUAAUUUAAUUAUCUUUAACUUUCGUUUGUGAUUUAAUCUUAGUAAUUUUAAUUUAAGUUGGUUCCUUAGUUUUUAAAGUUCGGUUAGUUGAUUCUUUAUUUUUUUCAGUUUAGUUUUAUUUGAUUCCUUAGUUUUUAAAGUUUAGUUAUAGUUCCUAUAAAUAAAGAUUUUCGUCUCCCUACAAAACUUGUGAAAAAGCAGAUAGGUAUUGUCACAUCACUCACGAUAUAUGAGAUUAUUCCAUUGGAAAAUAAUAAAAUAUUUUGAAUUUCCCACUAAAUUUUAAUUAGUACCGAAAUGACCCACCAGAGGCGCUAAAGGGAUAAAAUUAAUACUUAACCAUUUGAAUUUCCCGCCAAAUGGUGAUUAGUAUUGACUCCACUCACCAGUGGUGCUAAUAAACCAAAUUUAUAUAUAGAGUUGCCUAUCUAUCUGUAUAUACUAUAUUAUUUAUCUAUGAGAGAAACUAUGAACAGUGUUGCCGGGUUUUCAAUGAAAAUUUUAACCAAUCACAAAAGUUAAUUAUUGACAAAGGACAAGAUACUGUCAACCGUCAACCUGAUCACUCCCCUUAGUGGUGGGCAGAGAUAUGUUAGAGAGGGGAUAUGACAUACCGUGAAAUAAAUGGGAUCGGUUCGGCCCUGGUGGUGGGCCAACCUGCGAUUUUUGUGUAGCUGUGACAAAAUGUGACUGCUCCAGUAUUGUCACGGUGACAAAAAGCAGUGAUUUUUUGGAGCAGUUUAAUCUUAACUGCUACUAUUGCUACCUUUGAAUAUUCCAAAAUAUAUUUUAAAAUUUGUAAAAAUUUUCUAUCUGACAAAAGAAAUGGGUCCGUUGGUUGGAGGACAUCCCGGCCAAUUUGAAGAUCUUCAAUUGCCUCCAAAACAUCAUUAAACAUAAUAUAAUUCCAGUAGAGCAUAUGAUUGAUAUCCAUCUUUUAUUAACUUCCGCUUUUUAAAAAACAAAAUACUUCCCUAGGUUUUUGAAAGGUUAUGUAUUGUUAUUUUCGCUUCCAUUUACAAUUUCUCUUACCUACUUUCAGUAGAAAUUGUUAUUCCCUUAGGGAGUGACAUUUCUCUCACACAUUAGGAGAGUUUUUUCAAGAAUACAGCAUUUUCGGUUUUAGGGAGCCACGCCUACUUUUACGUCACUUUCUCUUGCAAUUUCUACUCCCUGAAAUUCAAGAAUAAGAAGUGGUUUAGGAAAUUGUGUUCCAUUGUACGAUAUUUCUAUUUUAAGUGGUUCAAGUCGAUUUAAAAAACCUGAGUUGAAUAUUUGUUCACCUGAAGAUCGAUUAUUAGAAACAUUUUACUAACAAUCUUUAGAAACUAGUUGGAGCGAACAUGACUGCAUAAUGAAUUCAACUGUAAUUAGAGAAUGCAAAUAUUUUUGCAAUCUGCAAGAACAUAUUUUAGGGUGUGCUUCAAAUCAUAUAUAUUUUCUAAUUGAAGCAAUAGUGAACAAAUAUUUAAACAUAAGAUUUGAAAUAAAUAUAACAAAUUAAUACUGUUUAGUGGACAAUAAAUCAAUAAUUU